AUGCCACAGUCCCAUACCAGUGAAAACCUUUGCGAUUUCCUUAAAGGAGUUGAGAAAGAUUGGAAACUUGGAGGUAAAAUCGAGGCAAUCGUUACAGAUAAUGCAGAAAACAUGAAAGCAGCUGUCAACUUAGGAGGAUGGAAGCAUGUUCCAUGCUUUGCCCACACCUUGAACUUGGUUGUAACUGAUUCACUCAAAAACAAUUCCAAACUGAACGAGAUAUUGUUACGAUGUCGUUCGCUCGUAACUUUUUUCAAAAAAUCAAGCAAAGCGAAUGCACAAUUGAAAAAAAUGGCGAAAAUGGCAAAUUUAAACAUGACAGCAUUGAAACAAGAAGUUGCGACUAGGUGGAACAGCACUGUAAUAAUGCUUCGGAGUAUCAUCAUCCUAUCAGAUUCCAUCGCAGCCGUUUUAUCCCUGAUGAAGAGAACCGAUCUCCUUUUAGACGACGAAGAGUUGCUAAUCAUAAAGGGAGCUGUCGCUAUACUAGAGCCGUUUGAGGAUGCGACAAAAGAUUUGAGUUCCCAAUGUUAUCCAUACUUGUCAAAAGUGAUUCCUAUGGUUCACCUUCUUCUUUGCAGCAUGGAAGUUUAUUUAUCAGCCAUUUCAGAGGAUGACAACUUUUACUUUGUUUGUCUGGAACUAUUGAAAAACGACUUGGAGGAAAAGUUAAAGCUUCGUUUUGAGAAGGUUGAAGACGUGCCAUCGAAAGCACUCACAAUAACAUAUCUCGAUCCUAGAUUCAAAAAGGCGCAUUUCAAAAGAAGCGGUUCUGCAGUGGAGAAUUCCCUUGAUAGAGAGCUGAGAAGGGUUAAGUCUUUGAGAAUCACUCGAGAAAAUCUCCCCAAAAAUGUGCCCAGCCAAAUUUCACUCAGUCCUGCCUCUAUUUUCAAAAAUCUCCACAAAGAAACUGUGAGGAAAACCAACGAACAGAGAAGAGGUGGCGAAAACAGCACAGUCAAUAACAUCCUUAUCAUCAAAGAAUACAACGAUUGGCCUCUUUUAGAUGGCGUUGAUCCGCUUCAAUGGUGGAAAAACAGACAGAAAGGUGGUGUAAUGCUCCCUGUGGUUCAAAUUGUAAAGAGAUAUUUCUGUAUUCCUGCUAUAUCCGUUCCAUCGGAACAAAUUUUUUCCAAAGCUGGACUUAUUAUUUCAAAACAACGCAAUGCUUUGAAACCAGAAAAUGCUGAUAUGCUCAUCUUUUUGAACAAAAACGCUUAA